AUGCAAAUCAUCGUCAACCGAAUUGCUCUUCUCCACGUUUCCCCGACCAUCGUUCGACGAUUGAAAUGGGGAAUCUUCGCCAUCUUGGCAGUUAUAAACGUAUCGGUAUUCUGUAUCUGGAUACCUGCUCGACUGCAAAUCAACAAAACUUACAUCGAAAUCAACACUAUUUGGGACCGAAUUGAGAAAGCUAUUUUUGCGGUUAUUGACCUGGCCCUGAACUUCUACUUUCUCUAUCUCGUCCGAUCGUCCCUCAUAUCGUAUGGCCUUACAAAGUAUGUUGUGCUGUAUCGCUUCAACCUGGUUAUGGUUGUUAUUUCCAUCUCAAUGGAUAUUCUGAUCAUUGCUUCCAUGUCAUUACGAAACACCUUUUUAUAUGUCGAAUUUCACCCGCUUGCAUAUCUUGUCAAGCUUCACAUUGAGUUAUCCAUGGCUGAGCUUAUCGCCAAAAUUGUGAAAGCCUCGGGCCCUAAUCUUGCUCCAUGUCGCUGCGCCUGCCAUGAUGGCCCAAAUCAUUUAUUUCUCCAUCAACUGGGCUCUAGACACAGUGCUCCCGCGGCGCCAGUUGUUACUGCACCAACUAUUGGAAGAUUCCGGCGUUCUUGGCCAGCUUGGUCAAAAUCUACACGCAGUCUGGAGAAACGACGCGGCGGAGGCCGAUCUCGUCCUCCCUCUUUGGUUGGGAAGAUUGCUCCACGAAAACGGCGAAGUGCCGAAGAGAAUAAGCCACAUGAGGAAAUCUGGGAACCCGGUACCAAUGCCGUGACAGACGGUUCGCAGAGUUUACCAGAUUCUACAGGGCAGCUGAACGGAAGUUGCCGUGACCACAAUGACUGA